GCGAUCGGCGGCGCUAUGAGUUCCUUCGAGGGACAGAUGGCCGAGUAUCCAACCAUUUCCAUAGACCGCUUCGACAGGGAGAACCUGAGGGCCCGCGCCUACUUCCUAUCCCACUGCCACAAGGAUCACAUGAAAGGGUUAAGAGCCCCCACCUUGAAAAGAAGAUUGGAGUGCAGCUUGAAGGUUUACCUGUACUGUUCUCCUGUUACUAAGGAGCUGUUAUUAACCAACCCGAAAUACAGAUUUUGGGAGAAACGAAUUAUAUCAAUUGAAGUAGAAACUCCUACCCAGAUAUCUUUAAUUGAUGAAGCAUCGGGUGAGAAGGAAGAGAUUGUUGUGACUCUCUUACCAGCUGGUCACUGCCCAGGAUCAGUUAUGUUUUUAUUUCAGGGCGAUAAUGGAACUGUCUUGUACACAGGAGACUUCAGACUGGCGAAAGGAGAAGCUGCCAGAAUGGAGCUUCUGCACUCUGGGGACAGAGUAAAAGACAUCCAAAGUGUAUAUUUAGAUACUACUUUCUGUGAUCCAAGAUUUUAUGAAAUUCCAAGUCGGGGGGAGUGUUUAAAUGGAAUUCUAGAGCUGGUUCGAAGCUGGAUCACUCGGAGCCCGUACCAUGUGGUGUGGCUGAACUGCAAAGCAGCUUAUGGCUACGAAUACUUAUUCACCAACCUCAGCGAGGAGCUCGGAGUCCAGGUUCAUGUGGAUAAACUGGAUAUGUUUAGAAACAUGCCUGACAUUCUUCAUCAUCUUACAACAGACCGUAGCACUCCCAUCCACGCAUGCCGGCACCCAAAGGCAGAGGAAUAUUUUCAGUGGAACAAAUUACCCUGUGGAAUUACUUCCAAAAAUAGAAUUCCACUCCAAACAAUUAGUAUUAAGCCAUCUACCAUGUGGUUUGGUGAAAGAACCAGAAAAACAAAUGUCAUUGUGAGGACUGGAGAGUGUUCAUACAGAGCUUGUUUUUCUUUUCAUUCCUCCUUCAGUGAGAUUAAAGAUUUCUUGAGCUACAUCUGUCCUGUGAAUGCAUAUCCGAAUGUCAUUCCAGUAGGCACAACUAUGGAUAAAGUUAUAGAAAUCUUAAAGCCUUUAUGCCGAUCUUCCCAAAGUACUGAGCCAAAGUAUAAACCACUUGGAAAACUGAAGAGAGCUAGAAGAGUCCACCUAGACUCAGAGGAGGAAGAUGAUGAUCUCUUUGAUGACCCUCUGCCAGUACCUUUAAGGCACAAGGUUCCAUACCAGGAAACUCUUCACUCUGAGGUAUUUUCAAUGACUACAGUGUCACAAAACCAGCCUGAAGAGCUGAGACAAAGCCAAGGCUUCUGCAAAGCAGAGAGUAUGCAGAGCUCUCUUUUGACCAACUUUGUAGACUGUGAAGAAUCCAAUAGUGAAAGUGAAGAAGAAUUAGAAGUUUCAGCUUCACUGCAAGGAGAUCUGGGCCCUAUAACACUUCACCAGCAAAAGGCUGAUACAGAUGUACCACAGUGGGAAGUAUUUUUUAAAAGAAAUGAUGAAAUCACAGAUGAGGGUUUGGAAAACUUCCCUUCCUCCACAGAGGCAGGGGUAUCUCAGUCACCAAAGCUUUUCAGUGACUCAGAUGGAGAUUCAACCCACAUCUCCUCCCAGAAUUCUUCUCAGUCAACACACAUAACAGAACAAGGAAGUCAAGGCUGUGACAGCCAGCCUGAUACUGUUUUGUUAUCUUCCCAAGAGAGAAACAGUAGGGAUAUUAGCUCCUUGAACAAAGAUGAAUACAGACCAAAGAUCAAAGAGAAUAUUCCUGCUUCUCAGAUGGAACAAAAUGUCCUUUGCCCAAAGGAUACUUACUCUGAUUCAAAAAACAGAGAUCAAGAUGUAACUAUAGUUCCUAGUGUUGGAGAACCAACUAUUAUAAGUGGUGGGAAACAUGUACUUGAGGAAAAAAGGUUGCUAAAUUUUAGCACAAAUGCAGAUUCACAGAGCUCCUCUGAUUUUGAAAUUCCCUCAACUCCAGAAGCUGAGCUACCUAAACGAGAACAUUUACAAUAUUUAUAUGAGAAGCUGGCAGCAGGUGAGAGUAUAGUAGUUGAAAAAAGAAAAUGCUCAUCCUUAGAUAUUUAAGAAUUUAAAACAUUUCAUCCUGGAGGUAUCACUAAAAAAACCUGUAUAAAGAGAUAAUAGUCAAUAUCAUAAUAGAUAAUUUAACAUGGAAUACUUAAAAAUGCUCAUAUAACCUAAGAGAAGGCAGUAAAAGGGAAAUAGAAGAAUAAAAAAGAGGGAACAACAUAAAUAAGAUGGUAGAACUAAAUGUAAACAUACCAAUAAUUACAUUAAAUGUAAAUGGUCUAAACACAUCAAUGAAAAGA